AUGGCUCGUCAUUUGAGCCACGACGAAUUCUUCGGCAAGCUAGCCGACCUUUUCGAGCAGCGCAAGAGCAAAGGCCAUGGCUCCAUCUUCCUCGUUCAGAAGCGACGUAUGCAAAUGAGCCCGGGACAGGAGAGUACAAUUGCACUAACAUCGGCGUUCUUAGUCUCCUACGGACAAGAUGUUCCCGCUGCGACAGAUACCGAUCCGUUUCCGGACCUAAACCCAACGAAACCCUUACCCGUGCUGGUCCGCGCCUCCAACGGCAAAUCCAAAAUGCACCGAGAUGCAAAGAUCAAAUUGUCAACUGUUGUGGAGGUUGAUGCCUUGGACGCCUUCUACGCUCGAUAUGCCGACCUAUGCAAGAGCGGGAUGACUGCUCUCAAGCCCAGGGACAGAAGCAAGAAGAAGGCAAAGGCCCGAAGAAAGAAGGGGGGAGCGCCAACAGUUACUGCGUCCUAA